AUGAUUGCUCCUCGACUGGCACGGCGGUUCCAAUAUAAGCUUGCAAUCAUCUCAGCUCUUGCAUUCUGCCUGACAGCGUGGGUUCUGCUGGCCCACAGGCGACCGCCUCGACAGUCGUUGGAUGAGGAAGCCUUGCGAAGAGGCUUUCCCCUUGUUUACAAGCAUAUACAUUCUUUCCGGGGAAAAGGAGGAGCAUGGUACAUUCCCCCGGAAUGGAUGAAGAGCGACCAAACCCCACCGCGAACCAUCAUCGAGGCUGCACGCAUAGCUUCCCAAGCAACUCAAUCGCAUACCGAGCGUCAUAUCCCCUUUUCAAAUAUCCCGUUAAUCGUUCAUCAAAAAUGGAAUACAGCGCGGCUAAACGGCACAGACGCAAGAAUCGUCUCUUUUGUUGAAACUUGGCUUACACACUCUACAUUGCCCGAGGAGGGCAGUAGCCCCAUGGCGUAUUUUCUUUGGGAUGACCAAGGCGUCUUGUCCCUGGUCAAGGAACUCGAGUCACCCUUGGCAGACGACUUCACCAACGUGUUCUCGCCAGUGGAAAAGGUGGAUAUUUUCAGAAUCAUGGUGUGCAAAUGGUUUGGAGGCAUCUACGGGGACAUUGACACGAAACCCCUCCAACAUCCCGCCCGUUGGAUUCAGCAAUCCGACAUUGCAGAAUGGACCGACGAAUUGACGGGCAAAACGCAUGGCCUUGACAGCGCCGCGCGGCGCCGGCUCCUGCAGACACCCGCGCAGUCUGCGCAACCCGUCAACGCCAUAUGGGGAAUUGAAUGCGACUCGGACCCGAAAACCGACGCCCACUGGCGCAUGGGAUACACGUACGCCAUCCAGCUCACGAACUGGGCACUGGCGUCCGCCCCUCGCCACCCCAUUCUGCAACGGUUCCUCGACCGCCUCGCCGACAAGGCCAGCGAGGCCAAGCUGGCGGCGCUGCACACGUCUACCGGCGGCCUCUCCCAGCUGCACUACGAUCCGCUCACGCGCACCGGGCCCGCGGCCGUCACGGAGGUGACGCGCAAAUGGCUGGAAGAGCGGGAAGGUCUGAGGUGGGACGCCCUGACGGGUCUCAAGGACAAUGGGAGGACGAAGCUCGCUGGCGAUGUCUUGAUUCUCCCCAUGACCGGAUUCAGGUACACAUCUCCCCUGCAUGCUACACAUUACCAACGCAUCGGUUUUCCCACUUCAUUUGCUGACGAGGACAUUGCGCAGCCCGACAAGAGAGAGGUAUAG